GCGACAGGCCCGGACAUGUCUGACCCGCGCGGUCCGGGAACCGCGGCUGGGCCAGGUGGACACCCGGGAAAGCGAGGGCGAGGUGUGGGGCAGAAUCGGGGGUUGGCGACGUACAGCGUCUUGACAAACGGGGUCAGGCAGUGUUACUGCGCCCCAGAGAGACCGUGGUCGUCGAUGCCUGGAGUUACUGUAAAAGACGUGAACCAGCAGGAGUUCGUCAGAGCUCUGGCAGCUUUCCUCAAAAAGUCCGGGAAGCUGAAAGUCCCUGAAUGGGUGGACACCGUCAAGCUGGCCAAGCAUAAAGAACUUGCUCCCUACGAUGAGAACUGGUUCUACACACGAGCUGCUUCCACAGCACGGCACCUGUACCUCCGGGGUGGCGCUGGGGUUGGCUCCAUGACCAAAAUCUACGGGGGUCGUCAAAGGAACGGUGUCAUGCCCAGCCACUUCAGCAGAGGCUCCAAGAGCGUGGCCCGGCGGGUCCUCCAAGCCCUGGAGGGGCUGAAGAUGGUGGAAAAGGACCAAGAUGGGGGCCGCAAACUGACGCCUCAGGGUCAGAGAGAUCUGGACAGGAUUGCUGGACAGGUGGCAGCUGCCAACAAGAAGCAUUAGAACAAAUGAUGCUGGGUUAAUAAAUUGCCUCGUUCAUAACCCCA